UCGACACAGAAAAACGUGCUUUCAAUGAAUGUUGUGACGGAAUCAAACCAGUAUGACUUAAAACCUGAAGCCAACCCAGUUUAAACAUUAACGAGUGUCCAGUCUAAACCAGUAACCUCUCAUGACUCUGCUCCUUGUGUCCGCAGCGUGAAAAACAAAACCCCACUUUAAAACGAGCGUGUUAGCUUCAGCUGUUUUUAGCUAGCAGCUAGCGGCUAACGGAGGCGAACCCCACACAAGAGGGAGGUGUAGCCGCCGCUGGGAGACCGAAGCCCCGCAGACCACAACAUGUCCGCCGCGGUGAAGCGGAGCAGGAAGCGGUACGGACACCACGGCAAGAGGUGGAAGGGGUCCCGGGAGCUGGAGGUGGGCAUGGAGGGCAUCCUCAUCACCUGCAACAUGAACGAGAGGAAGUGCACCGCCGAGGCCUUCAACCUGCUCAGCGAGUACGCGGAGGAGCUGCUCGGACCCGAGAAGCUGCAGGAGAACACUGGAGGCAGCAGCAGUGACGAAGAGGCUGAGGAAGAAGACGUGGAAGUUGCACUGAAGAAGGAAGUGGCGCAGCUGAAAGCGUCCGGAGCCAAACAGCAGAGGCGCUUCCAGGCUAUGGAGAGCGGAGCCAACAACGUCAUCUUCAUCAGAACUCAGAAUCUGGAAUCUGACAAGUUGGUUCAUCACAUCCUGUCUGAUCUCCACACCACCAAGAAGAAAAAGUCCAGAGUGAUCCUAAGGAUGCUACCAGUGACUGGGACGUGCAAGGCCUUUCAGGACGACAUGGUGAAGUAUCUGACCACUUACCUGGAGUCGUGGUUCAAAACCCCAAAUUGUGCUACGUACCAGAUCGCCUUCAAGGCCCGGAACAGCAGCCACAACAAGAGAGACGAAAUCAUCAAAUCCAUCGCAGAACUCGUGGGGAAGCUGAACCCAAACAACAAAGUGGACUUGACCAACCCAGAACUGACAAUCAUUGUGGAGGUGAUCAAGACUGUGUGCUGCCUCAGUGUGGUCAAAGACUAUUCACUGUACAGGAAGUACAACGUGCAGGAGGUGAUCAAAGAGGAGGCGCCGAAGCCUGACGCGGCCGCAGAGAAGACGGCUGCAGACCAAUCGGAGCAGAAGGAGGAGAAAGCGACCAACCAGGAGGAAAAGAAAGGUGAAGAGGAGAAUGGCAAAAAAGAGGAGGUGAAGAAGAGCGAGGAGGUGAAGAAGAACCCCGAAGACGAGUAAAUGUUUUCUUUCAAACAAUCAGAUUGUCAGUUGUUGAGUUAGACUUCAAGUUUCUAGUUUUGUGUUAUGUUGUCAAACUUUUGUUUUAAAUUAAAAGUUUUUUAAAUAACAAUACUUGAAAUGAGUUUGGCAAAAAAGUUAUUUUUUUGGUAUUCAUAUAAAAUCUCAUAGGUACCAACUUAAUGGAGCUGGUCAUCGUCAUCGAUCUUGAAUUACAAGUAAAAGUUUUUCUGCAGCUUAACUCUGACACACAGAUUUUUGUAUGUCACUUAUUUUGACAUUUUAAAUUAAAGACAACUGUUUGGUUCAGGUCACUGUGUGUGUUCCACAUAGUAAUGGAGUGAUUUUUGUAAGAAAUGCUUUUUCCUAACGCUGUUCCUGAAUAAAAAC